AUGCCGAGGCAUGGCGAGGGUCGCGCGAUGAAUUCAGUGCCAGAUACUUUCGCGUCUGGCAUCUUCUCGCAGAGCUCUCUCGCGCCGUCCACGGACGGCCGCGACCUUCUUUUCCCGAUCACCUCGUCCCUGCCGCGGAGCACAGCAGGCGAUGAUGCGCAGCACAGGUCGACCGGAGGCAGCUUGGACAUACCGCGGAAGCUCCAGCCGUUCUCGUUCCGGUCCGAGACGUGCCCGGAGCACUUCCUGCGAGAGGACUUCGCGAUCGAGGACCUCCAGGGCGUGCGCGUGCUGAAGAGCGACAAGCACGAGACGCUGUUCGUGGGGCAGGACAUCAUCUCCACCAAGCUCGUUCUCUGCCACUUGAUCUUCAUCAAGGAGCUCGGGAGCAUGUCGUCGCUCGAGCUCGUCGCGCGGGUCCGGUGCCGCGCCGCCCUGAAGCACCCGAGCCUCCUCGACCUCUGGGUGGUUGUGUCGAGCGCCAGGGGGGACCAAGUGGGCUUCGUGUACGAACCCUGCGACGGCAUCGCGCUCAACGGGUGGCUGAAGGCGAACUCCGCGACUCUGACCGAGCGCCAGGUCUACUCGGUCAUCCUCACGCAGUUCCACUCCCUCCUCACCUACCUAAACUCCAUGAGCAUGAUCCACGGGCCUGCCAACCCCGCGGACCUCCUCAUGACUGAAACGGGGGAGCUGAAGGCGCUCCUGGACCCCACAGUGCGCUUCUCUCUCUACGUCCACGGCGACCCCGACCCCGGAAAUUUUCCCAGCCACGUCCGCGCGUUCCAAAGCAUCGAGCAAGCCUCGCGCCUCGCGGCGCCAGCUGCCCCCUCCGGGCGCCCCAGCAGUGCCGCCUGGCCCGUCGCCCCCGAGCUCUUCCACGGCCAGAGCAAGCUCGUGUCGUCCUACACGGACGUCUGGACCAUCGGGUGCCUCGGCAGCUACUGCAUCACCCGCGGCAAGGCCUUCAGCGCCCGCCACGCGACGACGCGCGACCCGCACUCCAGCUCCGUCGCCGUGAGCACGCGCGGGUCGAUGGCGAGCCGCGGCCGCCCGUCGCUGCCGGAGUAUGGCAGCAUGCAGGUGUCUCAGGGGACGGGCGGUGCGCCGCCGGACCCGACGCCGCAAGCAGCCGUGGUCAGCAUCCCCAUCAUGGUCACUCUGGAGUCCAAGAGCCUUCUGUCGGCCUGCUUCUGCUCGGAGUCGAUCUGCCGGCCGGCGCUCGGCUCGCUACGGCGGCACCCGGCCUUCCGCCGGUUCGUUGCGCCGCCCCCGGGGGACAAGCGGAGAAGGAAGGGGGGGUGUUUUGGCGGCGGCGGGGCUGACGACGUGGUCGAGCCGGGGCACGUGCUGCUGCCGGCGAUCGUGGCGCAGUCGGCGCACAGAAUCUACGUGCCGUUCUAUUCGGGCGGUGUACACAACGCCUCGUUCACCGGAACGUCGCAGAUGCGCGGCGGGGAAAAUACGAACACGCGGCGCUCGGAGGCGGCGCACGCGUCGGUCAGGGCGCAUACGCCGGGGACGGCCAAUGCUCUUGCUGCACUGAGCCGACACAAGGGCGGCAAAAGGCAGAGUCUCGACAGCAAGGACGGCGUGGAAGCGAUAUCCGCGACCGCCUCGGCGCUGCGGGGCACUCUCAGGACCAUCGACACCGGGCUGGCGCGGAUGGGUAGCGCUGCGGUACAGGCCGCCGCUACCACUGGCCGGCAGCACGCGCUGGGGGCCGAGUCCUCGGCGCCGCGCGGCCGCAGGUUCAGGAAGAAGUCGCGCGUGGUCUCGCUCCCGGUCGAGACGCCGGAUCUCACGGAGCAGAUCCAGGCAGCGCUCCAGGGCGCUGGAUAUACGAUCGACAUCGACGAGCUUGUUCCGUCGCGUGCGCGGUCGUCGGCGCGCAGCAGCAGGCCGGACAAGGCCGUGUUGGGCGAGCCGUCGGAGCCGGAGUCGGGGGCGCGGCGCGCGAGCGAUGGACUGUCGCACGUGCCGCGGGCGAGCGGUGGGGCCGGGGUGACGUCGCUGCCGGCGCUGAGCGAGGGACGGGCGCAUCCGUCGUUUCCGAGCGACGAUGGGCCGACGCAGGGGGGCAGCGAUCACCCGCCUGCGACGGCGACGGCGUGGGGGGAGGAGUCGGAGGUGCCGCAGGAAGGGGGGUCCGAGGAACAGGUGUCAGAGGAGUCGUCGUACGAGCUGCAGCCAACGCGGUGA